AUGCAAAUUCGGCAUCGGCAUCAAAUCUCCGUUCGUCAUCAAGUCGGAGAAACAACAGCGAUUUUCCCAUGGAUUUACAACGAUGAUGUCGAACCGGAUCCAUCAAGCAUCUACGUGACCCGAAUUGAGCGUUUAUGGCUCUCUCCGAACAAACCUACAACUGGCUGUGAUUUGCAUCAAACGUUAGAGGAAUGGAGUAACCAUGAUUUCAUUGGCUCCGAUGGAUGGAGAGAGUCCGGCGAUGCUGAGAAAGAGCUGUGCUGUUCCGUCGGCUUCAAAGUUUCCGAGAAAGUGGCUCAAGAAGAUGUUGUUCCAUUGUCCACAUCGACGAAGACGGCUUCCUUAAGACAGGAAUCUCAGAAGCAACUUAGCUUCAGGAAACAGCUCAAAAGAUUGCCCUUCAAGUUCAGGCAUUGCGAGAAGCUGCAGCUACCGAAACAGUCUUUCUUCAUAUCAAAUGGCACAAACAAUAUCCGAAAUAGCAUCCAUUGGAGGAGAGAACCAGUCACAGAGCAUAAACACAAGAACCGAAAAUCAGAGACCAGGAGAAGAAGAGUCUUCGGGAGGAACAGAACAAAGUGGCGGCUUAUCCUGAAGCAGCAGGGUGAAGGGAAAACACUGAGAUCAAAUGAUGAGAACAAGAACCCAGCGGCUUGUGGAGGAAUAAGCAACACGAUAAGGCUGGCGAAGGAGAUCGAGGACGAAGCUGCAAACUGGUUCAUGGAGUUCAUCGAAACGGCUCUGGAGAAAGGUAUGAAGAAAUCUAGAGGCCCUGAAGAUGCAGACGUGAAGAAGGUUCCGCAAUCUCUGAUUCUCAGAUUUCUGUAUCACCUGAGUGAGGAAAUAGCAGUUUUCAUUAAGCAAUUAAACGAGUUUAAUGAGAAGAUUAACCCCUGA